GGAAAAUAAGCUUAAAAGAAAUUUAGAAUGUCACUAUCUUGGCCAUAAAAAGAAUAUUAUGGUCAGCGGUAAGCACAUUUGCUUGCAAGAAACAAGAAAGUUAUCUAUAUCUAAAUCAAUACAGAAGGCGAUAAGCCAUGCACAUGUCUUGAGGCCUACGUCAGGCGUUCCUGUGAUCUAUCAGUGAAUUGAACAGCAAGUAGUGUUACAGCGAUGCACCUAUAGGUGUGUAGUCCCAGUUAAUGACUGUAAGAGAUGGAUAGUCUAUAUAAUCUACGAAAUAUACAGUGAUUAAUGUUACCGGUCUCAAACGGCAAAGAAUUUCCCAAGGGAAGUGCGUUUAUACACGAGAAUAAUUAGAUAUAGGGAUAGGUUGAGCGCUUUAAAUUCUGUUUAAAUUCUGAACUAAAAUUCUGUUUUAAAGUUGCAAUAUACUCCCAAGAUGAAUCUAGAAGCGAAGGGAACUGGGAAUGAUAUUCCUGCCAAGAAUAAUAAUCAGCGCGUCAGUGUUAUAAGAUGGGUUGGAAGAGAAUCAACGAAGACUUUCCAGGAGAAAUCUAGCUUUGAAGAAGACUAUACUGUCCCUGUUGUUCAAGACGAAUCCUUUGUAUCAUCAUGUUCAGUUUCUUUUAAAUAUCGCUGCUCAUUUUGUAAGAAAUCAUUCAAAUGGCACUCACAUUGGAAAUCUCAUGAACGAAUACAUACAGGGGAAAAACCUUUUAAAUGUGAGAUUUGUGGAAAGUCUUUUGCUAGAUCCGAUGGUUUACAAUGUCAUAAACUUACUCAUAUCACGCCAAGACAUCUUCUUAGAACUCGGGGAAAGGGCAGUACACAAGCGACUGCAGUAGCAUACAAAAACCCACCAAGUGAAUCAGCUGAGCACAUUUCAAAUGUCACGAAAGAGCUUGAACAGAAAAAAUUAUUUAACUGUAGUCAUUGCAAUAGAAUUUUCUUCAGUUCUGCUGGAGUGGUGAAGCAUAUGCAGGUUCACAAAGGUAAGAGAUUUUACAAUCAUGGCUUUAAAUUACCUUACACAUUUCGUCAUUGCAACAUAAUUAUAUCAGCCCAUGCAUUUUGCCUAUUUAUAUUGAAAGCAUCUAUUUUAGUUAUUCCGUGUUUCAAAGAUAUAAAUACUUCCUGCAACUAUAAAGAUUUCUAAAACAUAUUUGAAUUUAGAUCGUAUAUAUAUUAUCAUGUUAUAUCUACAGCUAAAUUUGCUUUGUGAAGCAUUUAUAUAAUCAUAAGUAUUGCACGUAUUAUAUACUAUACCGUUAACCCAUAACUAUAUAUGCGGUUUCAAAGGUCGGUUUUACAAGAUAGAGAUCUUGGGUUUCUUCAUAAGAAUAUGAAUUACAAAAUCAAGGCAGCUAUCUCAUUUUCCAAUGGGGCUAAUAUAGUAAAGCUAUAUUCUUUUUAGCUUGUUUGUUUCAGUCAACAAACUUUGUUUUUACAACUUAAAUAACAUGCAAUCUUUCUAAGAAAAAAUAUUAUAUUACUUAUUAUUAGGCUUCAUUAUUAAAAUACAAAACAAUGCAAAGAAAUAACAGCCGUAGCAUAGAGUCAGAUCUUUUUGUUUGCUGGUACUAUAGAUUCACCUAUAUGAAGGAUUGGGUAAUCUGUUCUGUUGUGAAAGCUAUAUAGGCCUACUGGUUUGAGCAAAUAUAAAAUUAAAGUGUUUCCGAGAAACGUUCGCAUAUAGUUAUAUAUUUAGUACAACUGCAUAUUUCGAAUUUUUUUUAUUCACCUUCAUCAACAUGACAACUUUACAAGAUAUCAAGAGUUGUACCGCUGAAGAUGAACCAAACAGAUUCGAUCUUUUAAUUUUAUAUUUGCUGAAACUAUCAGCCGCUGAUUCACCUCCGUGUUGGAUCAGAAAUACACUCGAACGGUCUGUGCCAUCGUAGGUAGUCACAAUAACACCAGAAAGGUGCGGGUUGAGAGGGAUGAUUAUGAUUAUGAUUACUAUUAUGAUUACUAUUAUGAUUAUGAUUAUGAUUACUAUUAUGAUCAUGAUUAUGAUUAUGAUUAUGAUUAUGAUUAUGAUUAUUCAGCUCACUCCCCAUCGGGGCUUUUCUGUGAUCAUGUAUUAUGCUUACUAUAUUAGCCAUUUCCCAACGUUGGAGGGACAAGAAAUAUGACAGCACACAUUUAACAUUUAAAUUAAAAGUUUAAUGUAAGAAGGAGAUAUUUAAUUUUUGGUCAUCUAAAAAGUUGAUAUUUUAUAUAGUAGGUACUUUUACUCUUUCACAUUUUUGACGCCUGCCACCAUAUAUUUUGUCCCUCCAGACGAUCCCAGAAUACACCGUGAUCUCUUUUGGGAAAAGGCUAAUUAUACAUACUAAAGGUUGCAUUCCAGUUACGCGUUUUUCAUACGUGCGUACAAGCACGUAAAAGUUGAAUAUAAGUGCAAAUAACCUCAACAAAUACACAUUAAAUCAUACACAAAACUGAAUGCUGUCCUGUUAUAAAUUUAGUUAUUUCAUAAGUAGGAUGUAAAGCGAAUUCAACUUUGACGUGCGUGUACGUACGUAUGAAAAACGCGUAACUGGAAUGUAGCCUUAAGUUUAGAACCCAUGGACGAUCUCAGAGGUGAAAUACGCUUGCUCUGCAUGACGACUGCGCCACCGAAGCCCACUAUCUGAAAAAUAUUUUCAGAUAUAGUUGAAUCUAUAACUCAGCCCGCAGUCUUCUGCAUGAUAUCAGAAAUACAACAUCUCGCCUUCGGCUCGAAUUUGUACAAUUGAUCUGAUACAAACGAUCGCUCUUGCUGCAGUUACCUAUAAUACCAUACAUGUAUGAUUUCAUUCUAUUUUCCAUCUGCAUGCAGAUAUAACGGGCAUCCCAACUAGCAAUGGCCACUAUAAGUAUAGGCUACAAAUCUGUUAUCAUCAGUAUAAUAUUUUGUUAUUUCUUUCAAGUUGGUAAAGAUAAAGUUUCAAUGUUUAGGAUGUGUACUUAUUUAUUAUUUGUUCGUGCAGGUAUACAAAAAGAAAACAAAACCUGUUUUACCAUGACGAUACUGUCUUUUAGCUUAUACAAUUGUGAAUUGUCUAAUUCAAAUUGAAUUGUUUGAAUGAACGUUUGCUUACUGUUUCUUUUUGUUUGGUCCAAAUGUGUUAUUUUAUAUUUUCUAGACAGAGCGGACUUUAUUUGUGAAGUAUGUGACAUAGUAUUUCCUAAGAAAAGUGCGUUGGAAGUUCACAGCAGGAUGCAUACAGGAAUCAAACCAUAUCAAUGUAAUAUUUGUACCAAAGCAUUCUCAAUUUAUGGAAAUUUAAAAAGACAUUUAUUAAUUCAUACUGGAGAGCGUCCAUAUCAAUGUUCUCAUUGUUCAAACAGUUUUAACAACUCAAGUCACUUAAAAAGGCAUGUAAAAAAGAAACACACCAACGAGAAUGGAAUUAAAGUAAUUCAUUAACAUAUCAUGAUGUUUACUGUGGUUGCUGUACCAUUGUCUGACUAUGUUUCAUUACCGUCUUUUUGUACUAUUUAAAACACGAGUUGGAGCAGCCGAGCGUUUUGUAUAUUAUAAAAUACGAGAACGAGUGUUUUGAAUAGCUUAAAAUACGUCUAUACAAAAGAUGCCGUCUCAUUGGUAUUCUUUAUAUCAGGAUACUAAUUAGGAUGAACAAUUAUAUAAUGCCACAUGUGUUUUAUCAGAUAUAAUGUCACUCCACGUGACAUAUUAUGGCUGACAUGAUUUGCCACAAGGUUUAUGAAUUAUUAAUGAGUAUUUUAUAUAUGAC